AGUCUCAAUAAUAAAUAAGAAGACAGUCAAUUGUAGCUCUCUAGCUUCUUCUUCUUCUUCUUUCUUUAAUGGGGAAUCGUGAUGAUAAGAUUAAUCAAGAACAUGAUCAAACGGUGGAGGAAGAAAAAGAAAGUUUAUCAGAAAAGAAUCAAGAAGAAUUAAUGGUAGAUAUGAACUCAUUUCAUCAUUUGGUUAAUGAGAUCAUUACUGCCAUCCUUAAGUGCUUGGGUUUAGAUCAUUUCUUCUCGACCAAACCAUCCAAAAACCAAGAUUCUAAAGAUUCAUCAGGCAGUACAUGUGAUUUUGUUGAUUCUGAUAAGGAUGAUGGAGUGGUGGAAGAAGAAGAAGAAUUAGUUGCUAUGAGUACUAUUUCCGGCUAUAGGAGGAGGAGGAGGAGGCAGACAGCGCCACCGGUGGACGGCGGAGGUAAUCCCCAGACGAAUUCCAAUCCAUUAAUGUCUUCUAAUUAAUUAAUUAAUUAUUAUAUAUUUACUAUAUAUUGCAUCUAAUAGGUUUGUGUUUAUAUUUUAAAGUUUAUUUUGUAGAAAAUAAAGUAUAAAUCAAGAAAUAUAUUAUAAUGUAGUGUUACCUUUUGGAUGGUUUGUUUCUUUUCCAUUGUAAUGUUUUUUUUUUCAUGAAGAAUAGUUAAUGGAUUGUUUUG